UUUGCUUAUGAUACAACUAUCAGCUCGGCAAUUCUGUUUUAAUCCAUAUGUAAAAAAAAAUAAAAUUAGAUAAAUAUAUCUUUUUAAAGUUGGAAUAAAUAAAUUUUUCUUGAAAUUUUCAUUCUAUUUCGACAUUAAAAGCUCUUUGUGUUUGUUUGACGAACCUAAAAACAGUCUCGAAAACUCAUUUUUUUUUGGUGUCAAAAAAAAUGUCCAAAACAACGAUAGAUCAAAAACAUGUUGAUUUUGAUGAUGGCAAAUUGUCGGAAAAUUUUAUACUAAAUCAUGAUGAUAUAAAUUUGGACAUCAUACCCAGUAUUGGAUCCAAAUGAAAAAUAUCCAAAGAUUUUUACGAAAUAAUCAUAAUCAAAAAAUAUAAAUGUAAAUCAUGUGAACAAAUGUUUGAUUCAUUCGAAGAAAUUCAUAAUCAUCAUAUUAUUGUACAUAAAAAUGGAAAUCAAACAGAAAUUCCGAAACUUUUGUUCAUUGAUUCCAGUAAUAUCCAUACAUCAUAUCGAGAAAAAAGUAAUAAAAAUAUCGAUAAUAGAUCAUUAAAAAAUAAGACAAAAAAACGAUCACAACAGCCAAGAAAAUCUUUGAAAAGAAAAUAUCCCUGUGAUUGGCCCGAUUGUGAUUAUGUUGCAAGCAAUUCAGUUCAUCUAAAAGAUCAUCGUCGAAUACAUAGUGGAGAGAAGCCAUAUCGUUGUGAUUGGAAUGAUUGUGGCCAUAGUUUUACACAAUUAUCAUCGCUUCGAUUACACAUUCGAACACAUACUGGCGAACGUCCAUAUGAAUGUGAUUGGCCUGAUUGUAAUAUGCGUUUUACGCAGAAAAGUAAUCUCAAAGUACAUAUGCGUAAACAUACUGGUGAAAGACCAUACAAUUGUGAUUGGCCCGGAUGUGAGGCCAAUUUUGCCGUCAAAGGUAAUCUUGAACAUCAUCGCAAAGCACAUUGUGGUUUGAAAAUAUUUGUCUGUGAUCAUCCAAAUUGUGGCCGUACAUUCGUGGAAAAUGCUCACCUUCGUAAACAUGAAAUGAUUCAUCAGGCUAACAAACCAUUUAAAUGUGAUUGGCCUGGUUGUAAUUAUAAUUCAUGUCGUCGAAUCGAUGUUGACAAUCACAAAUUAAUACAUAGUGGCCAAAUCAAACAAUUUCAAUGUCCACAUUGUCCAAAUAAACAAUUUACACGAUCACAUCUAUUACAUAGACAUGUACAACAAACUCAUUUUAUCAAUAAUUGAUUGAAAGUUUUUUUUUAAAUUUAAACCUUUAUUUAUAAAAAUUUCAAAAACUAAA